GGAGUGGAAAAAAACGAGAAGAAGAAGAAUCCACCAAGCGAAAGCGAAGCAUCCCGCAUUUCUCCAUCUCGAUCAAGCCAGAGCGGCGCAGCGCACCGAGCACCGCCCCACGACGCCGGGAAGAUGACGCAAGACCAGGCCGGGCUCGCCUCCGGCUCCGGGGACCCAGAAACGCCGCCGGAGCGCGCCGCGGGCGAGGGCGCCUCCUCCUCCGCCGCCGGCAGGCUCCCCUCCCGCAACGCCUCCUCCAAGUACGACUUCGUCAAGGUCAAGGUCUGGCUCGGGGAGAACGCCGACCACUACUACGUCCUCUCCAGGUUCCUCCUCAGUAGGAUGCUCACCGUCACCAAGAUUCCGAACCAUGUUGCCAUCAAGAUUGCCCUUGAACUCAAGAAGUUGCUCGUCGACAACAGCCUCCUCGAUGUUUCACAGAGUGACUUAGAGGCCAAUCUUUUCAAGCUGAUGGAGAAACGAGGAUACGGAGAGGACUACAUUAGUCGGUAUAAAAUGAUGACCAGAUUCCAUCAUCAAAGAGUACCACUAGUAAUUUUGGUGUGUGGAACUGCUUGCACUGGAAAAUCAACAAUUGCUACACAACUUGCUCAAAGGCUCAAUUUACCAAAUGUUUUACAGACAGACAUGGUCUAUGAGUUGUUGCGGACAUCAACAGAUGCCCCACUAACUUCGGUACCUGUGUGGGCUCGCGAUUUUAAUUCACCUGAAGAACUUAUCACAGAAUUUUGCAGAGAAUGCAGAGUUGUUCGCAAGGGUUUGGCUGGUGAUUUGAAGAAAGCAAUGAAAGAUGGGAAGCCAAUUAUAAUAGAGGGAAUACAUUUGGAUCCAAGUAUUUAUCUGAUGGAUGAGGAGAAUGCUGACGCUAAUUCCAGAAUGGAGAAAAAGGCAGAAUCUGACAAUUCAGCCGUCUCUGUGGAAAAUAAAAUAGAACACCAAUUUGAAAAUGGGCUAUCUGAGAACAGAAUAAGUGUUACAAAUGAAGAUAUUGCAGAAGGUCAUAAAUUCAAGCCUGAGGAGAGUAGAACCAAUGAAGGGCUGUCUGGUGCUGACAGCCACGGGAUAAGCUCUUCUGAGGCUAGAGAUUCUAAAGAGAAAAAUCCCAAAGCUGAAGGUAUGUCAAGUUAUACAGGCAAUGGACAUAAAGAUUUGGACCAACAGAAGAACACCACCACCAAGAAAGACAAACCUGCUGCUGAGCCGAUAAUUGUUCCAAUUGUGUUGAGGAUGUCCGAUUUUGAUCACAAGGCAUUAUUAGAGGAAUGGAUAGCCACUAGAGCUCUCAGAGAUAAUUGCCUUCCUCAGGAUCAUCGAAAGCUUAUAAACAACCUCAAACUUAUUCAGGACUAUCUUUGCUCUUUUGAGUCGCAGGGAUUGACUGUUGUUGACAUUUCAGCAAACUCAUUUCCUCAAACAUUAGAUUGGCUUCAUGGCUAUCUUCUUCAGUGCAUCGAGCGUGGUCUUCUGGCUGCAUGUUCAGAAAAUCCCAAGCAAGGGGGAAAAAGCCAAUUGACAUGACAGUGCCUAGAUGACAGUGACUAUUCUUGUGUUGCAGAUUUUCAGAGCCCUUGUGGGAUUUAGAUGGUUAUUUAUGUAUUUAGAAUCCUGGCAGCACCAAAAGUCCCUGUAAACAGAAAGGCUAGGAUGAUUCCGGAGCUCAGCAUGGUGUCUCUUCGCAUGCAUUUUUUUUCCUCUUAUUUUCUGGUGUAAUAUGUAUUACCUUUCCAGAUCAACGGUUAUUUGCCUUGGAUACAAUAGAUUAUCCUCUUUGAAGUGUGGUACCUUUCAUUUGUGUUGUAAUAUUUAGCAACUUGUGCAACACACGGCCUGGCAGAUGUGUGUGGCAGAUUGUAGAGCUAGAACAGGUUGCAAACCUAGUUGUCAAAAUAAUGUUUCUAUUUCUUGCAAAAAAAAUGAAAGGAAAACUCCCAAGACAA